UAUUGCUGCUGACUUAACGCAGCUUCCUGCAAACACACACCGUCUCUUGGCGAACAUGGCGGCAACUUGACAACGGCAGUGAGAUGAAGACGGUGAGGGCUUGAAAAAGAAAAGAGGUCUGUUGCAGGCUGUAGGCCCAUCCGCCGACACAAAGGCAGAGAGCUUCGCCAUGUUGGAAGAGGAUAGCGCCCUUGUCCCUGCACGACCGAGGCCGGGGAAAACGUAAACGCGUCGGUGAGUGUUUCUAAAAACGGAGUCGAGGCUACGCAGAGGAGCGGAGCGGCGCGGCGCGGAGCUCAGGGCGGACGGGAGGACAGCGGCUUCACCGGUCAGCCAUGGAGGAUGCGGCCCGUGGUCGCCAGCGUCUAAUUUGCCAUCCGGCCCACGCUCAUUUUAAUGGGAAUUACCGCUGAUCGAAAAGGCAAGCCGGGACAACCCACCACCUGACACUUGAGGGGAGGAAAACGCGAAGCGGACCCCAAGUCAAUGACUGUUGCGGCAGAGGAGCCCCCACGGUGGAGUCGGCCGGUUCCCAAAAUAUGACCAGGGGUGCUGGGACGUGUUGGCAGCAAGAAGAUGACGACGGCUUCCAAAUCUGGCUAGAGCCCCCCCGCGACAACCAAAAGCCAUUUACCGACUCAGAGAGGGCGCAGAGAUGGCGACUGUCCUUGGCAUCCCUCUUGUUCUUAACCAUCCUCCUCUCUGAUCACCUGUGGUUCUGCGCCGAGGCCAAACUGGCCCGGACCCGGGUCAAGUUCGCAUCCUCCCACCGCCUCUCACCCCAGACCCACUCAGCACACAGCAGCCUCAGAGGAAACCCAGAUGCUAUUUUUAUAGGAAACUCUACCAAACAUUUGUGGCGGCUUGAAACUUGCCACCAGGAUAGUUUAUCUAAAGACUGCUUUACUUUCGCAGAUGCCGACGAUUUGUGCAAGGGCCUUUCCGACAAAGAGGGGACGCGGGCUGUAAAUAUGAGCGAUUUGUACCUUUCCUUUUGUAACUCCUACUCUCUGCUGGAUUUGUUUUACGGGUCGACAAGUCCGGACAAAUUGAACUGCAGCCUCGACGUGCUCGGCGAUGGCGACACCACCAGAUGCAGCCUGUGCGUCCAGGCGUACCAGCGCUACGACCAGCACGCCCAGGAGAAAUACGAGGACUUUGAGCUCCUGACUCAGAAAUAUGAGCCGGGGGCAUACUCAGUGAGGACGUGCAUGGAGCAGUGCAAGACGGCCUAUAAGCCCUGGCUGUGCGCUCAGUAUUUCCCCACCACCCAGCGGUCCUGUCAGAAGAGGGUACCGUGCCACCAGUACUGCCUGGAGGUCCAGCAGAGCUGUCCGUUCAUCUUGCCCGAUAACGACGACCUGAUCCACGGCGGCAGCCCCAGCUUCAUCUGCACAGGGCUCUUGGGAGAUCAUCUAUCAGACAGUGAGGCAGAGUGCUGCGACGUCCGAUGGGACUCCAAAAUGGACAACCCUUCAGGUGGGACACUAAAAAGGACUGCUUCUUCCUGCCAGCCCGAGGGGGCCUCGGUCACCUCCGCUGCCACCCCGAGACUGUGUAGCGGGCGACUGAAGAUCUGCCUGCUGGCCCUUGUCCUCCUACACACUGUCAUCAUCAUUUCAGCCUCCCAUAAUUCUACGUUGGUGGGCGUGGCUGCCAUUUUCUCGCCGGAGGAGAGUGCUUCUAAUGAGGAGUGAACCUUGGGGUUGAAUCUGGUGCUUGUAAAGAGUGAUGUCGCUCGAGAGGAUUAUGGCUUUUACAAUGUCAUGGCUGCCAGGGACACAUCUGGCGAGACAUGCUGGAAAUGCCUCUACAAUCUGCCGCCGAUGAACCAUCAACCACAGGAAGUGGGAGGGUUUUAACUGGAGCUAAGAGAGCUGGGAUUGGACAUUGACCGAAACGAGAUGUUUGAGAACCACCCCCCUAAAGAACUGACCUCUUGCCACUUGAAACCUGCUCAUUGUUUCUAUUCCAUCCAAAUGUUUUCUAGCACAUUGUCCCUCCUCUCCCUCCCUUCCUCCCCCUCCACCCUCCCCCUCCCUUCCCGACGUUUCCGGUGUGUGUAUGGAUGGCACGUCAGAGGAAAAACGGACAUUGAUGAAGUGUGCGCUCUCACUCAUCAUUACCUUUAGAGUUUUGCUGCAUUUUUUUCAGGUGCCAGAAUGUUUUGACAUAUCAACUGUGUUCCACUUCCUACUCUCCAUCAACCUUCGAGACAUCUUCUUACUACCUUGUAUGUGAUGUUGCUCGAGGGGCCUGCCAGGACCAGCUCAUCCAUCAUUCAUGUGGGUCUUGUUUCUCUGAAAACAAAAUGUAUGUGAUUCUUCUAUAUUCUAAUGUUCAGCUUGUAUUUUGUCCCACUAGACCUUCUGUCAACCCCCUUACGACGGUACAUGCCUACACAUUUUAGGACCUUAAGUGCUCUGAGACUGGCUUGCUUUCUCUUAUAACUUGUUGGGCCACUGAGCAAGUUAGGAGUGACGAAGUGGCAAAGGUAGUGAUGGUUCAGCUUAUGAUUAUAGGGUGUUGCAGGAGUUGAUGAUGAGCUUAGUCGCCAUGGCUCCUGGACAGGAAGUGGUGUUCUCUGGUUUCUAAAAUGUUCAGUUUACCUCAUACAGCGGUGUCUGUGUUGCAGACACAGAGAGUAUUUAGUGUUGUCGUACAUGAGACUGCAGGGACAACCCAGGGACACUAGAGAACAGUUGCAAGAUGCCAAAACACCAGGGGACUCAUUUAUCACCCGUGCGUACACUCGUUUCUAUGCACAUCCGACUGAUCAAUUUCUUCUUGUGCUUGAGGAUGUGCGUACAUUUAGAACCACUCUUUACCAUGUGUACCAACAAAACCCCAGUGGUACACAGGUGCAAUCGCGGGGAAACUGACCAUUUAAGCAUUCGUUCCUGAAGGCUGCGCUUUUCUGUUUUUAUUUGGAAACAAAUGGAAUCGUUUCUCUCAGAGUGAAAUUAUGCCAUUAAAGUCACAGUAAAACGGAAGUGAGAGCGCCUUUAGCUUCAGCUUUAGCUUAGUUACAGGAGGGAUUUAAAUCAAAUCCUACAGGUGUGAUUGGAUCACUCAAAAGUGGGCGUAGCUUAGUGAAUACAGCGUGACCCGGAGCAUGGGAGCUACCAGACUGUUGGCCUCCCUCACACCCACGUUGUUAGAUCAGGAGGAGGAUAUAAGGGUUAAAUCAAUAAAUUAGACCUCAACCACAUUCUUUGGAAAUGUAAACAAAGUUUUUUCCAGCUGAAAUCCGAACACACACCUCCUACUAAGAUAUUGCUCUGCUAGCUACCCAUUAGCUAGAGGUUUUAUAUGAUUGGCAGGAGGAGCUAGUCGACCCAAAUCACAUUUGAUUGGAUAAGUGUAUGUAACCGCCACCGAGUUCCACGUAAAUCAUUAAAAAUCAGAGGAGUAGGAUUUUCAUAUUAAAAUACGAAAAAAAUUUUUUUGAUAUAUUUAGCAUGUAACAAGAGAUAAAUGAAUAAUGGACACAGGAAAGACACAGGAUCAGAACUUCAGGAAAAUGUAUUUUUAAUUUCACUGUCUUUAAAGCCUCUUUUUCGUCUGCUUUCUCAACUACUGCACCACUAAGCGCCUGCUAUUUUAAUUGAUUUAAUUGAUUCAAUUAAGCUGUGUCAUUAUUUCUUCACACAUAGUCACACCCUCUAACUUUCUCUGUGAUCACUCAUUUUAAAUAGUCGAUCUCACAGCACGGCUGCUGUCAUUAACCUGCAUUUUUGUUCAUUUUGUCAGACAAUGUAGUGAUAAAACAAUUCUUUUAUCUGCAGCGCACAUUUCACACUACUUCCUGACGUCUGAUAACAGAAACAGAAGAAAAGUCAGUAACAAUUUCAAAUGAAAUGCAUAGUUAAGAAUGAAUUACAGGCAUUUAUAUACAUUCACAAGUGAAUUUCACGCUUUAGAGACGUAAGGCCGGGCGGGUAAAGAUGACGAAGCGGGGAAAGGAGCUGGUGUCACGCGUGGCUCAAGGCCCCGAUGGAUGCACACAGUGAUCAUCAUCAUCACGUGCUCCUGUAAAUACACAGUAGAGAUCAGAUUUUAGAGUUUAUUUUCUAGAACAAUUUAGUUCCUUAAUAUCGGCAGGGAAAAAAAAACUGCGAUCGUCUCUUCAAUCGUCGAUAGUCGAUCUUAUCGCCAAUCGGCACGAGCCUAGAUGCAAUGAUCUUUCAAUCAUGUUUGGACGGUAGGGGGAUAUUGAUGAAUUGUGCACGCCACAUCACUCGCAAUCUAAUCACAUUUGCUCGAAAUGACUACACAAGUAGUGAAAACACAGUGUGAUGUAAAAUAAGAGAAGUCAUAACAAGUAACAGUCAAGGGAUGUGAUUGACCAUAUAUGGCAUUCUAGGGGCGUGUCUGUAUGUAAAUGAGCUUGUAUGUACACAAGCAGAUGGAUGUAGAAUGGGUGAGAUUUAUCAUUGUUCACUGCGUAAAGUUGUGUGUGCGCAUGUUUAAUAAAAAACAAUUUUCUUGUUCGUACAGACACUUCUUACGCACACAUUUAUAACUUGUUCUACGCUUGGUUUGAUAAAUGAAGCCCCAGAUCUUUGAGUGCCUCUCUGCUGCGUACGCCCAGUGAGGCAGAUACUGGCAAUGGAGCAAUAUAGAAAAGGAAACAGCCAGUGUUAGUGUCCUACGUUGUGGCAUCUUCACUACUGCCGGCUUGGCUUUUCUGUAUCGUAGAGUUUGUGCAAUUGACAAGCCAGCCAGCCAGUCAGUCAGUCAAUCAAUCAAUCAAUCAAUCAAUCAAUCCGUCGACUCUUAAAUACCCUUAGACAAGCUGAUCAACCGCUAUCUUUCACAGACUAGCAAAGGGCUGUGUCAGUGUCAGCAUACGAGGAGUGUGAGGAGUUUUCAAGGGCUGAUCCAUCCGAUUUUGUUCUGUUUUUUUGCAUGGCUGCUGCUAAUAAAGUGCACAUUGACACGAAGACAGGUCACGCAGGGAUUAAGAAGAGUUUCACCUCCCCUUUGUAGCUAGGAAUGCACUGAGAUUGGGCAGAAAAAGAGAUUCAUCCAAUAUAAAAAUUUGAUACCAUGAGCAACUGGUGAUAUACCAAAAAUGAAAGGAUGCUAAAUUGUCCUCCAUCCCGGUUGCCUCUAAUGAUCAGUUAAAGACAGAUUGGAGUUUUAACUUUACCUCCAAAUUGUUCUUGGCUGCCCCCCCCUUAACAGCUUGACCUUACCACAUGACACAUCACGUAACGCCCAUUAGUUUGCUCUUCACACACAUCCAUCAGAGUGAGAUGUCAAGUCUACCCUCUGGAUUUUCAAGAUGCAGUUCAUAGAUUCCCCCCCCUUCCGUUUACUCUCUCUGUUCCCUUUUUGCUUGAUAUUCUCGUGUGACGUGUUGCUUCGUUCGUUUGUUUUCCUUGACGAACUGUGAUGACGAGAACUACAUUCCCUUGAAGACAGCAGCGGAUGUAAUACGCCCACACUUUGUGCUCCGUGUCCUUGAUCUCUAGCUGUUCAUGAUCUGAGUCCUGUGGAUCUAUGCAGAUGAACCCUACCACAAACAAACCCCCACCUUACCCUCCCCGACCACCACCACCACCACCGCCACCACCACCACCCCCUUGUCCUUUCUGUUGUAAAUAUGUCCUGAGGAUGUGGGAUCCCAAAAUGCCCUCGCCCCUUCCCAGACCUCCCCUACCCACCCCCCACUGUUGGAAUCUCACUGUGUUUUCUGUUCGCCUCCUUGGUUUUUGUCUGUUUUUUGAGAUUUUUGCCGCAUUUUUUUGUUGUCUAAAGCAGUGGUGUGAGUUGAUGAGUAGGACUAAGUUGGAUGUUAAAAAGACGAGAUAAAGAGGUCUUAAGAAAAAUAUACAAAAAAAUGAAGCUUGAAUUGAGAAAAGGGUUCAAAUAUAGAGAAAAAAUUAUGAUAAAGUUGUCAUAUUGUCAUACUAGAGAUGCUUUAGUUUGCUAAUUUACUUUCUUUUUUUUCUACAAAAGACUUGGAUGAAAUUAUUUAUAAAAUGCGUCCCACGAGUCAUGAUCUUUUUUGGACGUAAAACAAAUACAUUUAUUAACAUUUUGUUCAAAAGAAAAUAAAUAUAAAUUAUGUUAAACAUUA